UGGUGCGAGUGAAAUAGCGCGAUUGGGCGAAUGCUGGGUAUAUCUAUGGAUUACAAUGUUGAUAUAUCUAAGAUUUUAUCCUACCCAAUUACGUCGGUACCAUUGUCAAUGUGCCACUUAGAUGGCGCAAUUUGUAAAACGGAUAAAGCCGCUCUGAUGAAGUGCUUGGAGAAGGAGGUACAACAUGAUUCUCCACGUCAUAUUGAUGUUUUAAUUAUUGAUGGUUUCUUUCUAUUGCAUACAAUGAAAAAUGCCCCGAAACUAUUUGGAGGAAUUUCAACGCAACUGUUGAAAAUGGUUACACAAUUAAAGGCGUUGAGAGUUGAUGUAAUUUUUGACCAAUACUUUACACCCUCAAUCAAAGAUUAUGAGCAUUCUCAACGGUCUAAAUCAGCACAAUUAGACUACAUUAUAACUUCACCUGACCAAAAAGUACCAAGUAAUUUUACAAAGGAGUUAAAAAAUUCCAACUUUAAAGAAGCUCUUGUAAACUUUUUUAUUUUACAUUGGGCUACUGAUGAAAUGGCACCAUUUAUUGGUAACACUUUAAUUCACAUAAACUUUAGAAAAUGUCAUUCUUUCAUUGUUAAUGAUUCCCGGAAAGUUUUAUCAGGUAUUAAUGAAGAAUUGUCAUGCCCGGAACAUGAGGAAGCUGAUACCAAAAUUAUAUUUCAUAUCUGUAAUUACAACUUUGAAGCAAAUAUAGUAAUUCGAACUGUUGACACUGAUAUUGCCGCUAUAAUGCUUGCUCAUUUACAUCGCUUAAAAAAUGAUUCGACCAUUUGGAUGCUGACGGGUACUGGAAACAAUGUGAGGUACGUGAAUCUAACAAAGAUACACGCCCAGUUAGGAGAAUCCAUUUGCCGAAGCUUGCCUGGUUUCCACGCAAUAACAGGGUGCGAUUACAAUCCGGCAUUAUUUAGAAAGGGAAAACUAAGACCUUACAAACUAUUAAAAAAAAACGAUGAAUUCCAAAAAGCUUUUAUAAAGUUCGGCGAAAAUAAGUUAAUAGAGGACAGCAGUGAACAGAAGAACAUUUUCAAUAGUAUUCAGAAAUAUAUAUGCAGUGUAUAUAAUGUUCGGAAUGCAAUUGAUGUCAAUUCUGCUCGAGUUCAGAUAUUUAUAGACUCAUACAAAGUUUCCGACAUUAAUGAGGCUUUCAAUCGAAAAAAAUUGAGAAACUUUGAUGCUAGCAGUUUACCACCUUGUGAAAAUGAGCUACUACAGCAUUUUUUACGAGCUAAUUAUAUUUGUACGAUUUGGAACAAUGCUCACUUAAGAAAACCUACUUCACAUAAACCUGAAAAUAAUGGCUGGGUACUGGAAAAUGAUCAAUACCAUUUUAAAUGGUUUGAAGGAGAUCAGCUACCUACUUAUGUCAGUGAUUCUCUACAAACUUUGUCAGAAGCUGAUGAAGACGAUGACAUUCAUGAGGACAAAUCCGCAGAAUGGAGUAGCGGUGAUGAAGAUAAUCGAGAUACCGACGAGGACGAUGAAGUUGAUUAAAUAUUUUUUUUGAUUUAAUAAUAAUGUUUGACACAUUAUAUUUUUACUUUGUAUUGUAAUGGCUAUAAUUAUAAAUAUAAUUGAAAUCUUUUUCGAUUGGUUCAA